AUGUUCAAAUGUCUCAUCCCAAUUAAACUAUUUUACUCAUCUCAAUUUUAUCAGAUAUACAAUAAAUUUAGUAGGAAUAAAUCUUUAAGCUUGCUAUUGAUCCUGAUUUCUCAAUCAUAGAUAUACUAUAUAAUUUGCCAUCCCUUUAAUAACCUUUUCAACAUGUAUGCCAGACCGCUUAUAUUGUUUAACAAAUUCUUCCAGAAUAUCAACCUUGACCUCAAUUAUGAUGACACUCAAAUAUGGUCAGAAAUUUUCUUGUUUUUAAUGUUGGCUAUGCAACUAUUAUACAUUCUUUGUUUUGUUCAUCUAUAUUGUUGCUAUAGAGUCAAGGUUUAGAAGCAGUUAUAAAGGAAACAUUAUGAGCCAAUUCAAUAUCGGGAGUAACAAUUAGGAAUCCCCUUUACAUAGAAGGAAAUAUACAGUAUAAUUAACUUGAUUGGAGUUUCUGAAUUUUAUAUAACUUUUGGAACAAAAAUUUUUAAAUAUCUCUUUCAUUAUCCAAUAAUUCAAUUAGCGUUAAGAAAGAUAUUAACUCUACAAUUCUAAUAUACUAAUUUAAAUACUUAUUAAAUUUUGGUAUUAAUCAUCACUUAUCUAGUCUUCAUACUUAAUAUCUUUAGUUAUUUCUUGAAUGAGGCUCAUGAUGUCUAAUUUUCAUUCAAAAAGAUCGAUUAUUUAUCUCGCUUUUAUUCGAAUAUGACAAAGGUGUAAUCUUUAAAAAUAGAAAUUCUGAUUAUUAUAGUUUCCAUCUUAGAUAAUUUAGAGAUUGAUCAAAUAGCACUUCUAUUAGUUGAUACAAGUUUACUCAUUUUAAUAAUAGCCAUAUCUUAUAGACAUCCAUAUUAUUAAGAAAAAUUGAUGAAUAAAAUUUAAAUAUAAUCCUUUUCACUCUACUUGUGCAUAAUCUUGUGUAUAUUCAUUUUUGCGGAAGGACUUAAUUAAGAUUUUUCAGAAUUGAUUCUAAUUCUAAUACCAUUAGUAUUUCAAAUCUCGAAUUUGAUGUUUGUCCAACAGGAGAAUAAAACAGAGACUCUGAGUUAUAAAAAUAGAAAUUUCGAUUAUUUGAUGAUGAAUAUUUACAAACAAUGUGAAGAGGCUCUUGGAAGGAAUGGGAUAUUGUUGAAUGACAUCAAAUAUCGAUUACCAAAGAACUUAAACCUUUAUGCCUUAUCUACUAAUCAUAUAAUAAGUUGUCAGAAUGUAAAUGGUUGUUUUUGCAGCGGUUAUAAAAAACAAAAUGAUCAUUUCAUCACUCGAUAACAAUUCAAAUAUUAUAUCAAAGAGUUGAUAAGAUUUCAUUACGAAUUAAAAUUGUUGAGUUUGAAUAAAAACAAUUCUUAGAAAUAUGCCAAAAGCUACUUUUAUUAUAUCCUUUAUUUAUCUAAAGUUAUCAAAAAACCUACAAAAGCAUUUCAUGAAAUAAUCAAAUUAAAGAAUAAUAUGUAUACAGGUUUGAAUCUUUUGGAUUAGAUGUUCACUAAUUCAGUCGAAUUGCUUGUCAAAGACGAUUUUCUAAGGAUGAUAGAGAACAAAAGUAUUACCAAUCAAAAAUAUGAUUGUUUUAAAGUGUUUAAUUACAAUAAAUCAAUAAAUGAAUGGAAGGAAUAAUUUUGGUGUUUUGCUAUAAAAGUAAAAAUAAUGGUAUGUGACACUAUUAAAUAGGAAUCUUACAUAACUAAUAAUUGA